ACACAUGUAGCCAAUAGGAGGUAGCCUACUCUAGCGCGCUCAGCGAAAACUCUUUCACUUUCUGCGGAAUUCGAGACAAAGAUAGCGCUAUCUGUAUUUUGAUUUGCUGCCUAAUUGACCCAAAUAAAGCCUCUUGCUGACAUGAUUCCUCUACCCCCGAGGCACGCUAUCAAGCAGAGAAGUGAAUUCAUUGCAAGUAAUUCCCUUUCUUGAGUAAUCCCGUUCGCUACCGUCCAAUCGCAGAAUGCCCUGUGCUUGUUAAGCAUUUGGACUUGACUCGCGUUUUUCUCCCUUUACCAUUACCGGGGGACUCCUACGUCGCGGCGCUUCGGACGACCCGUGGCUGUUCGAAGGACUUUCAUCGCGAGAAACAGUUGAAAUGAUCGGUCGGAACUGGCAAGACGCGCAAAAAGGGAUCUUCUACUGCACGUGGAAGUGAUAACGUCGCCAAGUAACCGGAUGCGGGUGCUGCGAGGACUUCGAAAUUGAAAUUAAAUAGGAAAAAAAAAUAUGCCCGACAAAGCGUCAGACAGCCAGAAUUCAAUAUCACCGCGGGUUUCUUCGUUUUUCAUCGAACAUUUGCUCGGCUCUAACAGAAAUCAGGACACAAAAGACGAUAUUCGCAACAACAUCACAGGAUAUUGGCGCAAAGAAAAUAUUUCUCACAGCGGACGUGCCGUUAGCCUUCGCAACCAAGUAUCCGGCGAUGGACUCCCACCGGACAGCCGUCCCCAGCGCGACUCGUCGUUAAAAUGGUGCAAAACAACACUGAACAACAAGGCUUUAGGAAGGCCCAGGAGUCCAAAGGAGGGUCUACACAGUACACAAUGUUCGGAUAAUCCCUGCAGUGAUCUGACAACCUGCGAACGAGAUUCCCCGGUCGGUUCUGAGCCUGAGGGGCUUAAUGACGACACAGACAAGCCAACGGAAAGCGGUCUGACAGGUGACAACGAAGAGGAAACUCGACACGCUUUCGAAGAACGAACCGAACGGGAGUCUUUAGAUCGCGGCUCGGGGCGCAAGAAGAAGACCCGAACGGUGUUCAGCAGGAGUCAGGUGUUCCAGCUGGAGUCGACGUUCGACACGAAGCGAUACCUGAGCACGUCCGAGCGCGCGGGACUGGCCCGCUCGCUUAGCCUCACGGAGACGCAGGUCAAGAUAUGGUUCCAGAACCGAAGGAAUAAGUGGAAGAGACAAAUGGCGGCAGACUUGGAGGCGGCGAGCGCGUCUCAUUCAGCUCAGAGGAUAGUCAGGGUUCCCAUUUUAUAUCACGAGAGCUUGACGCAAAGCGCGUUGGGCUUUGGGUUGCCGCAAGUGUCGCCCCCAGUGCCUGAAUUUUCCACUAUCGUGAACUGUCCAAUUUCGUCUUUAUCCCAUUCCGUGUCUUUACUGAGAUCACAAAUGACUGGCCUUGUAUGAUAUUAAGCCUAAAGAGCAAAAUGUCUAGAACUGAAGGAUAGUGGGCUAUUAUUAUUAUUAUUAUUAUUAUUGUUGUUGUUGUUUUUUUUAUCAAAUAGCUGCAAUACUUUACAGGGCCACAGACAACUUUCCUUCAAAGAAUACAAAACGUAUCAAUGAAGACCAUGAUCAUAUACAUAAGUAAUAGUAAUGAAAAAACUUUCUAUUUUUGUGUAUUUUUCCUACUUUUGUACGCAAUGCUCUGUACGUGGACACGUUUGUUUCCUAAUGAGCGUCUGUGCUAAUGGCUCAGAACAUCCAUGUACGUUAUGAUGAGGAUAAGAACAUUAUUUUGUAAUGGAAUGCUGUGAAAAUACUGUCUUCAAACUUUGUCACUUUUCCCACAGUAUCAAUUUGAAUAGUCUCCAA